ACUCUCCCUCUCAUCUCCACUCCUACGCCUCAGCUUCAGCCUCACUCACAUGUUCUUCUCUUCUAUACAACCAGGAUCUCUCCAUAUUUCUCUCUUUCCAUCGCUCUCUCUUACACUCUUGCUCUCUCUCUCUCUAUAGCUCUCUUUCUCUCUCUGUCUCCAUCUCUCUCGACUGUCUCCCUAACUCUAUUGAUCACCCUCCCUCUCUCUCCCUCUCUCUCUCCCUCCCUCUCUCUCUCUCCCUCUCUCUCUCUCUCUCUUUCUCUCUCUUGCUUUCUCUCUCUCUCUCUCUGUGCAUCCACUCUUCUCAGCAUCCAUAUUAGUAACCACCAGAGUAAAAAAGUAGAGAGAGGAAGAUAGAUGAGCACUGUUCCGGACUCCAGCAAUGGCCCCUAAAAGAGAACCGUCCAUUAAGAAGUCUCCAUCGCCUGUGGCCCAGCAGCCCAGACUGGGGCCUCCUUUCCCCUGCCUGCCCUCAGCUAACCCUGCCCAGCCAAGGUCUGCUCCAGAACAAAGACCCAGGAUGCUGCGACCCUCUGACUCUCCAUUUGACCCCAGCACCAUGGAGUCUGACUUCUCAGAAGAUCAAAUCAUGGAGUUUAAGGAGGCCUUCCUCCUCUUCGACAGAACCGGUGAUGGAAAGAUCAGCUACAGUCAGUGUGGCGAUGUCAUGAGGGCAUUGGGACAGAAUCCUGUCAACUCUGAGGUCCUCAAGGUCCUGGGCAACCCCAAGGCUGAAGAGAUGAACCACAAGAUGCUUGACUUUGAGCAGUUCCUGCCCAUGCUGCAGGCCAUCGCUAAGAAUAAGGACCAGGGCUCCUUUGAGGAUUUUGUUGAGGGACUACGUGUCUUCGAUAAGGAGGGCAACGGAACUGUAAUGGGGGCAGAGUUACGGCACGUCCUCACCACACUAGGGGAGAAGAUGACGGAGGAGGAGGUAGAGACACUUCUUACUGGACAUGAGGACGCUAAUGGCUGUAUCAACUAUGAAGCCUUUGUUCGUCACAUCAUGUCAGGCUGAGAGCCGGAACGGGUCAAGCUGCAGAGGGUUUUAACAGUGCUCUACCUAGGCUGUCCUGCUUAGUCUUCUAAACUACCCGCUAGAACAUAGAACACACUGCUAAACUACCCGCUAGAACAUAGAACACACUGCUAAACUACCCGCUAGAACGUAGAACACACUGCUAAACUACCCGCUAGAACAUAGAACACACUGCUAAACUACCCGUUAGAACAUAGAACACACUGCUAAACUACCCGCUAGAACAUAGAACACACUGCUAAACUACCCGCUAGAACGUAGAACACACUGCUAAACUACCCGCUAGAACAUAGAACACACUGCUAAACUACCCGCUAGAACAUAGAGCACACUGCUAAACUACCCGCUAGAACGUAGAACACACUGCUAAACUACCCGCUAGAACAUAGAACACACUGCUAAACUACCCGUUAGAACAUAGAACACACUGCUAAACUACCCGUUAGAACAUAGAACACACUGCUAAACUACCCGUUAGAACAUAGAACACACUGCUAAACUACCCGUUAGAACAUAGAACACACUGCUAAACUACCCGCUAGAACGUAGAACACACUGCUAAACUACCCGCUAGAACAUAGAACACACUGCUAAACUACCCGCUAGAACAUAGAACACACUGCUAAACUACCCGCUAGAACAUAGAACACACUGCUAAACUACCCGCUAGAACAUAGAACACACUGCUAAACUACCCGCUAGAACAUAGAACGUGCUAGCUCUUAGAAGUAACCCAACAUCAACUCUGGGUGUAAAUUGUUAGUGUCACAGAUCGUCCUUGAUUUACUGUACCACACAUUGUCUAUUAAUCAAAGUAAGAAUUUCUCUCCUGAUCCAGGGUCUCUUUUGGUAGUAUCAAGCUGUUCAAGUUUUUUUCCCAAAUAUAAAAGCUCUUGCAGUGGGAAAGCCUGGUGAGAGCGAUGUUGUGUGGUCUCAACUGGAGGUUUUGACUCAUGGUGGACUGAGACUGCACACGCUUUUUCAGUUCUGCCCACAAAUUUUCUAUGGGAUUGAGGUCAGGACUUUGUGAUGGCCACUCCAAUACCUUGACUUUGUUAUUUUGUUAGUUUGUUAACAAGAUUUGUGGAGUGGUUGAAAAACGAGUUUUAAUGACUCCAACCUAAGUGUAUGUAAACUUCCGACUUCAACUGUACAUGCUGAGCAGGAGUGUUUGUUUUACUCGGUGUUCAGAGCUUGCUAGAUAAUGGUAAUGUGAUGUGACCACCUUUGCGGGACCAAAAUAGGCCUUGGUUUACCGUGGAGUUUUUAUGUGAAAGCCCCAUUUCAUACUUUACACAUUAUGUAGUUACAUAAUUUUAUAAUUUUGCUCAUUUGGACCAUGUUUCCCAUAGUAGACCAGUCACUCAUGUUAACCACAGAAUUACAGUGAAGCUGUAGCUAAGAUCUCCCUGUACUUUAGCUCCCCCAAUCUGUCUACCCCUGAUCUGUGUCUUGCCUGACGACUCAUUUAGAAUUUAAUUCUGCUGCUCUAUCGAUCGCUCCACACAUUGUCUGAAACUGUCAUCCUAGAAGUUGUCUGUGCUGAUGUCAAAAUGAGGGCUGUCAUAUCUCUCCCCCUCAUCUCUCUCCG